AUGGAUGACGCUGGUUCCCAGAACAGGAUGCCUCCCAAAGUGCCUCGGGCACUCCCUUUAGGAAAGGCCAACAUCUUCCCUGCUGGCGAUUCGCAUCGUCUCUUUGCCGACAUGGGACGCAGUUAUUGGACUGUCUCGGAAAGAGACUUGGGUAAUGGAUACUCUGGAAUGGAGCUAUCCACGGUCUGGCCAACCUGUGUAUCAAUCGAUUUCAGGAAGGGAAUUGCUGACAUACACAGGUUCUAUAUCAAUAAGCCAGUCAAAGACCUCUGCAAUGCCGUCUUGCAACGACUACGCAUCACCGACGGGAACAUGGGCUGCAUGAUUUUCCCCUCGCCUCAUGCUGCACUGGAACUAUCUAAAAUACUCGAAACCCACCGCGUUGAUAGUCCGUAUAUCGUUGACGUCAUCCGGUUUUCCAUGCAUCCAGAAUCAGAUGUAGCUCCUAACUGGGCUAGUUUCAGUGCGGUUUUAUUCCCGCUCGAUCUGUGCAAACAAGCAAUGGGCUUCUGGCGCGAUACUGGAACCGGGAUAUCCACACGACACGCAGAGUUCUGUCUCUUUCAGUUUGACUAUCUACCUUCCGACUCAGUGACGACCAAAGCAUUCUGCACUGUAGCUACCCGGAGAAGCCCGAACUCUCAAGCUGAGAUUCCGUCUGCCGCAGCCGGAGAGGUGAAGUCGGUCAUCGCAGGGCUGGCUACCGGGCAGCUAGCAGUGAGCCCAGACGAUGUGUUUUUAUAUCCCAACGGGAUGAAUGCCAUAUACGCACUUUCAAAGACUUUGGCCUCUCUUGCAACAGAGUCCAAGGUUGCCGCAUAUGGAUGGAUAUAUCCCGAAACAAUAGAACGAGAAUUGGAAUCCGGGCUGAAACUCCACGCUCUAUUCACUGAGCUACCCAGUAACAUCAAACUGUCCUCACCAAAUCUGGCUCGCAUUCGCGCCCUUGCGGAUAGACAUGGCUUUAUUGUGGCCUGUGAUGACACUGUUGCCGGCUAUGUCAACAUCGAUGCGAUUCCGUAUGUGGAUGUCAUGAUGUCCAGUCUUACAAAGACCUUCAGUGGCUAUUCCAAUGUUACAGGAGGAAGUCUUGUAUUAAACCCCAGCUCGGUCCAUCACGACAAGAUCCACGCUGCUGUGUCGGCUGCCUAUGAAAGCACCUAUUUCCCUCCAGAUGUCGAUAUGCUCCUUGUAAACUGCAGAAAUGUUGCUUGGAGGGUGGCUCGGUGCAAUGAAAACACUCUCCCCGUUGUCGAUUUGCUGCAGAAGCACCCUUUGGUUGCCCAAGUCAACCACCCAUCUAUUGGGACCACAGCGCCACUGUAUAAAAGCUUGAUGCGCAAAGAUGGCGGUUAUGGGAACGUUCUCAGUGGUAUCUUCCACGAUCCCAUACGGGGAGAAUACAUUUACAAUGUUCUGGAUGUGUGCAAGGGCUCGAGCUUUGGCACAAACUUUACCUUGGCUAUCCCUUACGUGCAAUUGGCAAAUUACUGGCAGCGGGACAAGGUUCCGAAAUAUGGCGUGCCACAGCAUAUUGUCCGACUCAGUGUUGGGCUGGAAGAUAGCGAGCAGAUUUUCAGCGUGGUUGCUGCUGCACUGGAAGAAACAGAAAAAUGGAAGGGCACAAGCUGCGUUGCUUGUAAAUCAUAG